UGAACGGAUUUGUCCCGGUGCCAAAUCUCGUCCCACCCUCACCCACUGCCCACCAUCACCACCACAAUCAUCCCCUCCUGCCAACGAGCGUCACCAUGGCCGGUCAUAACGACAUCACGUUCAUCUUCCAGUUCGGCAACCUGCGCGACAUCGCGACAGUGGAGUCGAGUGCACUGACGCUCAAAACGCUGAAAGAGCUCGCUUGCGAGUUCAUCAACAACAAGAUACCCGAGAACGGGCUGAACCGGCUUCCGGAACGGUUGCUGCUGUUCCGUCAUGACUACGAAUCGCACAACGUGCUGCAGAUGGUGACGGCCGCUUCCGACAUCGUCGACGAAACACUCGUCGAGAUCGUGCUCACUGCCAACCAAACGCUGCUUCCGCCAGCCAGUGGUGGGUCCGCUGUACACCGGAACAACGCAAUCCACGACGACAUUCCGCUGGUGCGACCACACGCGCUCAAUGUGCACUCGUACAAGGCACCGACCUUUUGCGAUUUCUGCGGUGAGAUGCUGUUCGGGUUAGUCCGCCAAGGGUUGAAGUGUGAUGGAUGCGGACUCAAUUACCACAAGCGGUGUGCGAUUAAGGUACCGAACAACUGCAGCCGGGUCGAGCACACGGGGGUGUUGCAGCAGGGUCAACAACAGCAGCAGCAACACAGCAACGGAAGUGCUGGUCGUCGAUCGGGCGGUUCUUCCGGUGGUGGGUUACUGUCCUCGAUGACGGGCCGCAGCCCUUCCGGGGGUUCCAGCAACUCGCUCGCAUCGGACGAAACGGCCGGGGCCGGGACUAUGCUGUGCACAUCCAACACUCUCCGACAGAGCCGAUCACCUUCACUGACGAGUCGAGGUGGCGUCGGUGGCCAACCUAUCAAGAUCCCGCACAGCUUCUCCAUUCACACGUACACCCGACCGACGGUGUGUCAGUACUGCAAAAAGCUUUUGCGCGGCCUCUUCAAACAGGGUGUCCAGUGUCGAGAUUGUCACUACAAUGCCCACAAGAAAUGUAUCGAAAAGGUCCCAAAGGACUGCACGGGCGAGAACACGCAACCAACGGACACUCACGAUGACCGGAGUCAACCGGGAGAGCUGUAUAAGGACGAUCAGGAGGAUGAGAGCGACUUCGACGAUAACCCGCUUGGUCAGGCACCCAGCAGGCGAUCAGGAGGCGGUUCAGUGACAGCACCCACGUCCAGUGAACCUCUGCUUGGAACUCUUGCAACUGGCAACGCCAGUUCACCGAGCAAGAUGAACGGUGGCAGCACUGGCAGUGGGUCCGGAUCUUCCCCGAGUUAUCACCUGCUGGAUGACUCCGACGACAAUCGACUGGAGGUGAUCUGUGAGCAGUCACGUCAGUCCUCCAGCAAUUCGUCUUCUUCGCCGAGCGCAAACAUCCCGCUGAUGCGAAUCGUUCAGUCGGUGAAGCACACGAAACGCCGAGAUGGACGUGCAAUGAAAGAAGGUUGGUUGGUGCAUUUCACCAGCAAAGAGAAGACGACGAAGCGGCACUACUGGCGACUCGAUUCGAAGGCAAUCACGCUGUUUGUGUCGGAUCAGGGCAGCAAGUACUACAAGGAGAUCCCACUCAACGAGAUUGUCGCAGUUGAGCAGGCUCGUACAUUGCAGGGUGCUGUGUUGCACUGCUUUGAGAUCCGCACGGCUACAGUCGACUACUACGUCGGGCAGGAUCCUCUAUACAACAUGAAACACUCCGAUCCAGUGUUAGCGCUGCCACCACCUGACAGUGGUGUUGGAGCGUACCUUGCCAAGAGCUGGGAGACGGCGAUUCGGCAGGCAUUGAUGCCGGUCCAGACGGGAACAGGUCGAGCAGAAGCAGCUGGUGCUGGUGCGGGAUCUGGUGGAGCUGCGGAACCGGAAGAACGUGUCACUGACAUGAGCCAGCUGUACCAGAUUUUCCCGGAUGAGGUGCUUGGGUCGGGACAGUUCGGGAUCGUGUAUGGAGGUGCUCACCGGAAGACACACCGAGCGGUGGCUAUCAAGGUGAUCGAUAAAUUGCGAUUCCCGACAAAACAGGAAGCGCAGCUCAAGAAUGAGGUCGCUAUCCUGCAGAAUCUCUCACACGCCGGUGUCGUCAAUCUGGAGCGAAUGUUCGAGACACCCGAGCGCAUCUUCGUCGUGAUGGAGAAGCUGAAGGGUGAUAUGCUGGAGAUGAUCUUGUCCCAUCAGAAUGGCCGAUUGAACGAGCGCGUCACCAAGUUCCUGAUCACGCAGAUACUCGUCGCGCUGAAGUAUCUGCACAGCCGGAACAUCGUGCACUGCGAUUUAAAGCCGGAAAACGUGCUGCUCUCGUCGGACAGCGAGUUUCCGCAGGUGAAACUGUGUGACUUUGGGUUUGCUCGCAUCAUCGGGGAGAAGUCGUUCCGUCGGUCGGUUGUCGGCACGCCUGCUUAUCUCGCUCCGGAGGUGUUGCGAAACAAGGGCUACAAUCGCUCGCUGGACAUGUGGAGCGUCGGUGUCAUCAUCUACGUCAGUCUCAGUGGUACAUUCCCAUUCAACGAAGAUGAGGACAUCAACGAUCAAAUCCAAAACGCCGCGUUCAUGUAUCCGCCGAACCCCUGGAAGGAGAUUUCGUCUGAUGCUAUCGACCUGAUCAACAACCUGUUGCAGGUGAAGCAACGUAAGCGGUUCACGGUGGACAAAAGCCUGCUGCACUGUUGGCUGCAAGAUCUGCAGACGUGGAAUGAUCUGCGCGCUCUGGAAGCGCAGGUUGGCCUACGCUACCUGACACACGAAUCGGACGACGCCCGAUGGGCAGUGACGGCAGGAAGUGGGGCCAACACCGGAAGCAGCCCAUGA